AUGGGCAUCGACCCUUUGGGCAUUGCCCGCACCAAAACCAGGUUUUCUUCUGUCACAGAUGAACGGCUGUGGACUGAGGCCUGGUGCUUCUGGAGGAUGUGGUCCACGUUCUUUGUGACGGAUGAGGAGGGGAGGCCGGUGGGAGCUCCAGGGGGAGGGGGGGUUCAGGUGGGGGGAGUGCCCCUGACCGGGGGUCCAGCUCCAGGUCCCGUCGGCCUCAACAGCCUGAUGAGCGGACGCAGCACCUUUGGAGGAGGCAAGAGACGAAGGGCGGGGGCGCAGGCCAUGAGCGAGGCCCAGGAGGGGAAGAUUAAGUUAGCGUUCUUCGUGGCCAUUGUGGGUGUGGUUCUGACGGUUCUCGGAGUCGGGACAGAGUUCUGGGCCGAGCUGUCCCCUCCAAAACACUUCUACAACAACCAGACCUGUCUCACGGCUCACCUGGGCCUAUGGAAAGGCUGCACUAAGACCCUGUGGGUGGCAGACAUCGACCCCGAGAGAGAGACCUGUGGACCGGCUGAGCUGCCAGGAGUGACAAACUGCACCUACUUCAAGUUCUUCACCACAGGAGAGAGCGCUGUGAUGUUUCACAAAACCACACAUAAAAACCUGACCAUGGCAGCGUCCAUGUUGGCGAUGUUCAGUCUGUUCCUGAUGAUGAUGGGAGCAAUCUGCAUCACGAUGGCCCUGAGCAAAGAAAUCCUCUUCUUCCUCAAACCUGCCUCGGUCUGCUUCAUCCUCUCAGGAGUCCUGGUCCUGGUGUCUCUCCUGGUUUUCCAUCAGGCCGUGCUGGCCUUCUUGUCCAGUGACCACAUGGUUCCUCUACACCAUGAGCUCUCCUGGUCCGUGUCGUGUAUCGGCUGUGCGGGGGGUGUCCUAAUCGUGGGGGGCGUCCUCUUCAUCCUCCUCGCUCUGCCCUAUAGCCCCUGGACCCGCUGCCUGCCCAAAAAGACCAGCUCCACCUAG